AUGACCUACUAUCUCUUCUACUUUCUCCUUUUCUCCGUCAUUCUCGGUGGAACUGCACUUUACAUCACUCGAUCGAGGUGGUUACCUCUGCUGCCAGUUCCCGACUACAUCUAUCAACGUCUUCCCUCCAGUUUUGCGGCCGAUGCAGAAGCUGGUCUGAGUUCGUCACAGUUCGAUAUAGCCGCCAAUGUGGCCGAUGGGGACACGAGAGCGGGCCUGGACCAACGAGCAAAGCGGGAGGUGAGAAAGAUCAUGACAAGUCGACGGGUCGACUUUGAUGAGGCCCGCCGGAUCUACACAGAACAGCGAUUUGCGAAAAAUAAUAUCGGACCGGACGGGAGACCUCGGGACCCAAAGUUCGUCUCGUUCUCAUAA